UUCUCACGACAUCGAGAAGACCUGAUGGCGCGUCCACUGGCGGUAGAUCGAGUCAAUGUGCAUACUCUUUGUUGAUUCCUCCAUGAAUAAUGGAUCAUCGCCCCCCCAAACGACUCCGGGCGGCAGCCUCGACAGCGUGCAGUCAAUGCAGGACAGCAAAGAAAAGAUGCGAAGGUGGCAUUCCAUGCAUAUCUUGUAAACGACGAGAAUUGCCCUGCACCCUUUCAAUGUCAACGUCUUCCCCGAAUGAGGCCUUGAAUGAGGAGAGCCCCGGUAACGAGGCAGAAAUCAAGCGGAAAUACUCCUUGGACGUUCAUCCUAGUCUUUAUGAAGAUACGUCAAAGCUGAUAGACCGAUACUUUGAUGUGGUUGCUCCGCUAUGGCAAGUUGUCGUUCCGUCCGAUCUGAACCAUCAACCCUUUGCGUCUCCACUACUUGUUCGCGCCAUCUGUCUGCUCUCAGCUCUAUCUCUGCCGGUCGUGAACUCGAUCUUUAUCACUCAGGUCACGGAAUCGAUCCAUCAGUGCUUUGACGCCGAAGACCUCUUAUCCCUACCCAGCAUAUCUACUUUGCAGGCGUUAUUGCUUCUCCUCGCGUGUCCAGGCUUCAGCCAGCGCUCCAUCAUGGUGUCCUCUGCCCUUCGAAUGGCAUCGAUCCUGGGUUUCAACCGUGCCCAAUCUCCCAGGCCGAUUCUGUACUGGUCGUGUGUUGCGUGGGCUCGAUGGGAUGCCAUCAUGCUGAGAGGAAGCUCGGGCAUCAACGACACGCACAUUCUCCAGGGAUGUACAGGGACAGUCCGGAAGACUGGCUACAUCUACUCGAUGUGUUUCUUCUUGGCUCUCCAGCAAGAUGGAAAUCACUCUUGCCCAUCGGCAUGCAAGAAAGGGACCAUGUUUGGCUCCGAUUUAUGCCGUUCCACCAGAUCCAGGAACAACUUCAAAGACUACCAGCAGACGAUUUAUGACGCUGUACACAAACUAUUAUAUUGAUUAAGAUAACUAUUCUUCGCAGAACUGCCCAUCCUACUAAUCUAGAAGAUAUAAUGGAACUCUCAAUAUCGAAUCUAGCCGUUACGU